AUGGGAGCGCGCGGAGGCGCUGCCAGGAGGCCCCGACCCAGCGGCGGCCGAGGCGUGAGGGAGCGGAGCGAAGCGGAGCGGGCGGCGUCCCCCGGCCGCACCCCGGCCCCGGCCACGCUGGCGCCCGGGGACCCCCCCGAGAUGCCGGUUCGGAGCGAGAGGCGCCGCGCCGGAGGGGCGGGGGGCUCGGCCUCCUCCGCUGCCACCGGAGCGGCCGCCAGCAGCCUGGUGCCGCCGCCCCCCAUCAACACGGCGCAGCCCGGAGUGGCCACUUCGCUUCUCUACAGCGGGGCCAAGUUCCGCGGGCAGCAGCGCAGCAAAGGCAACGCCUACGAGGUGGAGGUCGUCAUGCAGCAUGUGGAUAUGGAAAACUCCUAUCUCUGUGGAUACUUGAAGAUCAAAGGCCUUACAGAGGAGUACCCAACCCUCACCACGUUCUUCGAGGGCGAGAUAAUCAGUAAGAAGCACCCGUUCCUGACGCGCAAGUGGGACGCCGACGAGGACGUGGACCGUAAACACUGGGGAAAGUUCCAGGCUUUUUACCAGUAUGCAAAAACAUUUAACUCUGAUGACUUUGAUUAUGAAGAUCUAAAAAAUGGGGACUAUGUCUUCAUGAGAUGGAAGGAGCAGUUCCUAGUCCCAGAUCACACCAUCAAGGACAUCAGUGGUGCUUCCUUUGCUGGUUUCUAUUACAUCUGCUUCCAGAAGUCAGCAGCAUCUAUAGAGGGUUAUUACUACCAUAGGAGUUCAGAAUGGUAUCAGUCGUUGAAUUUAACGCACGUUCCCGAGCACAGCGCUCCUAUCUACGAGUUCCGAUGACAGCUGCCCACGGCUGAGAACGCCCAGAAGACACGGGGCAGGAGAGCAUGGCCUGCCAGGAGAGCUGUGUCCCUGUGGGAGCACAGCAAUGCACGCUUCUCUCCUGCCCUUGGACUCCAGAGAGAGAGAAAGAGAGCCUGGAUGUGAACUCACCCAGCCCGAGGAGCUGCUGGAGCUUGAUUCUCCCUCCUGUCGAGUGGCCAUUUGAUCUUUGCUCUGGUUUUAAGCUACUUUAAUGCACUUUCUUGUUGCACAGCUCGUUUCUCUGUCACUGAAGUUCCUCCCGGCUCUCCUCUGGAAGCUGUUUUCUCAGUAGCUGGAAUCAGUGCUCUGGCCUCUAAAUAAUAAGGAAAUGUAAGCUCAAGGCUUAUAUUAUCCUUGUUAUAUCCUGAUGUGGGUUGAAAUCACCAGGAUUCAGGUUUCUUGCCCAGAUUUCCAGCUCUGAUGCUCUCAGAGCCAGGUCCUGGGUGUGAGGCUCAGCUGUGGAGUCUGUUGGGGAGUGUUGGCUGAGGUAAGGCUGGAGUGAGGCUUUGCUGGCUAACAAGGUUAGCUGGAGCUGCAGAUCUUUCAGGAGCACCAGCCCUUUGCAGCUGGGAGCUGUUCCUGUGUCUGGAUACACCAUUGGGAAUUAAUUUGAUGUAAGGACUUCCAGGCUCUCAGUAAAAGUGGAUCUGAACUCU